GCUCCGAAUGUUGAACUGCCAUUUGAAAAGGCCCUGCCUUCAUUUCCAGCACAGGAUACCCGACUAAGCUAAAAGGUAAAACACCCAACUCGGCAUCGACAAGCGCCAAACCAGUGCCAAGAUGCCUAUCGAUAGGAUGCGAAUGCGUCCAUGGCUGGAGCAACAGAUCAGGAGUGGUUUGAUACAGGGACUACACUGGGUCAAUGAAGAAAAGAAGAUAUUUCAGAUACCGUGGAUGCACGCGGCUAGGCACGGAUGGCAGUUAGACAAGGAUGCACCUCUGUUUAAGAACUGGGCAAUUCACACAGGAAAGUACCGUCCUGGAAUAGACAAACCAGACCCCAAGACAUGGAAGGCGAAUUUUCGUUGUGCAAUGAAUUCACUACCUGACAUUGAAGAAGUGAAAGACAAGAGUAUGAAGAGAGGAAGCAACGCUUUCAGAAUGUACCGGAUGCUCAGCGCGUCUGAGCGGGCAAUGAAGAAAGGGAAAAAGAAGAUGGAGAAAGAGACAAAGCUCAAACGGCAGAAGGCCGCCACUCGUGUAAAUAAGAAAACGUCAUCGCCAAAAAAACACGACGCCAAAGAGGUGACCGUGCAAAGCGCAGCGGACAGCACGGUUUUAACUGAGAAUCAGCAGGAGGACAGCUCCACUUUUCCAGACGGCUCGAUGGUGAUCAGCGUGCCGUUGGACGUGGGGGAAGUGGUGGAGGUGGCAACCGACAACGUGGCCUCUUCCGUCAGCUCCAGUUCCAACCUGCCGCCCCUUCAGUUCUCCCCUAUUUCAUCCCACGGUGGUAGUGAUACGGACAGUGUUCACAGUGAGGAGGAACUUACAGAGACACAACAGACCACAUCUACGAGGUCACCGGCAUGUCCGACUGUUUUGAGGUUUCCUACGCGUGCGCUGUCCAAAGGAAACAAAUUUGUCAUACCUGGGAAUAAGAAUUUCAGGCCAGGCUUUCACCCCAGAACAAACCCCAACAAACCCGAAACGUUCACCCGUUCAGACUGCAACCUCAAACCCGAGGCGCUCACCCUUUCAGACGUGCAGCUCCAGCGCCAGAUUUUCCCCAGUUCAGACUUCCAGCCCCGAAGCCCGUGCCAGCGUUAUCGUAAAAUCUACAGAACUCUCCUCCAAGAUGGGUGA